CCCGCCUCCAACUUGCUCGAGCAGGGCUGGGUAGACCGGCGCGCUCCCGGGGACUGUGGGGGGGGCAGUCCCGGUUUCGGCCAUCGCUGGGGUGGGCUCGGAGCGGCCGCACCGGGCAGCAACCCCACUCCCACUCGGAGGCCCCCUGCCCUCUCCCCCACUUCCCCCCGGCCCAUGGUGCGAGGCUGGGAGCCGCCGCCCGGGCUGGACCGCGCUAUCUCUGAAGGGCACAAAUCAGAAAGCACCAUGCCUCCUAAUAAAGAGGCCAGCGGUCUCAGUAGUUCACCAGCGGGGCUCAUCUGCCUCCCUCCAAUCUCUGAGGAGCUACAGCUUGUGUGGACCCAAGCAACCCAGACCAGUGAGCUAGACAGCAAUGAACACCUGCUAAAAACCUUCAGCUAUUUUCCCUAUCCCAGCCUAGCAGACAUUGCCCUUCUCUGCCUACGUUAUGGGUUGCAGAUGGAGAAAGUCAAGACUUGGUUUAUGGCCCAGCGCCUCCGCUGUGGUAUUAGCUGGUCGUCUGAAGAAAUAGAAGAGACUCGAGCCCGAGUAGUCUACCGUCGGGACCAACUCCAUUUCAAAUCCCUUCUCUCUUUUACUCAUCAUGCAGGACGGCCCCCAGAGGAGGUGCCUCCUCCUCCAAUGCCAGCUCCAGCACAAGUUGGUAUUGGAAUAGGUCCUCCAACUCUUAGCAAGCCCACCCAGACGAAAGGAUUGAAGGUAGAGCCUGAGGAAUCCUCUCAGAUGCCACCACUGCCACAGAGUCACCAAAAAUUAAAGGAGUCCCUGAUGACACCUGGCAGUGGAGCAUUCCCCCACCAAUCAGAUUUUUGGCAACAUCUUCAAAGCAGUGGCCUCUCAAAGGAGCAGGCAGGCAGGGGUCCCAACCAGUCACAUGGCAUAGGUACUGCUUCCUGGAACCACUCCACAACCGUCCACCAGCCACAAGCUCGGGAUAAACCCCCACCAAUUGCAUUAAUUGCCAGUAGUUGUAAGGAGGAGUCAGCAUCUAGUGUUACUCCCUCUUCUUCCUCUACCUCUUCUUUCCAGGUACUGGCUAAUGGAGCUACUGCUGCCUCUAAAUCCCUCCAGCCACUAGGCUGUGUCCCACAGUCAGUGUCACCCAGUGAACAGGCAUUACCCCCACAUCUGGAACCAGCCUGGCCCCAAGGGCUACGGCAUAACUCAGUACCAGGUAGAGUUGGCCCCACAGAGUACCUUUCCCCAGAUAUGCAACGCCAGCGAAAGACCAAGCGCAAAACCAAAGAGCAGCUGGCUAUCCUUAAAUCCUUUUUUUUACAGUGCCAAUGGGCACGGCGUGAGGAUUACCAAAAGUUAGAACAGAUCACUGGUUUACCUCGGCCUGAGAUCAUUCAGUGGUUUGGUGACACACGCUAUGCCUUGAAGCAUGGGCAACUAAAAUGGUUUCGGGACAAUGCAGUACCUGGUGCCCCUAGUUUCCAAGACCCAGCAAUUCCUACACCACCACCAUCAACCCGCUCCUUGAAUGAAAGGGCUGAGACACCACCUCUGCCAAUCCCUCCACCUGCACCGGAUAUACAACCCUUGGAGAGGUACUGGGCAGCCCACCAACAGCUAUGGGAAACUGAUAUCCCUCAAUUGAGUCAGGCAUCAAGGCUUAGCACCCAGCAGGUACUGGAUUGGUUUGACUCUCGAUUACCUCAGCCAGCUGAGGUGGUAGUUUGUCUAGAUGAAGAAGAGGAAGAGGAGGAGGAAGAACUGCCAGAAGAUGGUGAGGAAGAAGAGGAGGAGGAGGAAGAGGAAGAUGAUGAUGAUGAUGAUGAUGUGAUCAUACAAGACUGAGUGGGGAGCUGGGGGAGGGGAGGUCUGUUACUAAAAGAUGAACCAACUUAGUAACUGUAAACAAAGAAACCACAUUUUUAAAAUUACCUUGUGGCAGAGAACUAAAAAGCUUUGUGUUCUUCAGGGUGGGUGGCAGGGGGAUAUAGUGAGGGUGGACCAGGGAGAAUGACCAUAGGGCACUAAGUAAGGCUGGAAUUGGAUCAGCAGAAAUCCAGACCUCUAACCUUAGGGUAGGGAGUGCUAAGGAUCUGGGGAAACCAUGGGCUGGGAAGCUGCUCUUGCUCUCCUCGUGUCUGCUGUUCUUUUCCCUUCGUGUACUAUAGAGAGGCCAGACAUUGGCCCCACCUCUCCAGGAGGAUUGGAAAGGAGGAGUAAAGGAUUCUGAUUUGAUUGAUGAUUCCAGUGCAUCCCCAAUCCCACCAUCUUACCUGGAAUAUAAGGCUGCCUUGUACCCCUUUUCUGAGCACAAGUUUGUGUGUAAUGCAACUGACUCUCUUACUUUUUUUCUUAAUAACUGAUCAUUUCCUAGACAACCAAGAUUCUCAAUAAGUCCCAGUCUCAUCACAAAUAUUAAUAUUUCCUUUUCCACAUGCCAACUUGACUAUGUUUCACCUGCUUCAUGACUAAAUCACAGGUGGCAGAAUGUUUCAGUUCUUUUUUUUUUUUUUUAAGAUGGAGUCUUGCUCUGUCGCCCAGGCUGGAGUGCAGUGACGCAAUCUCGGCUCACUGCAAGCUCCGCCUCCCGGGUUCACGCCAUUCUCCUGCCUCAGCCUCCCAAGUAGCUGGGACUACAGGCGCCCGCCACCACCCCCGGCUAAUUUUUUAUAUUUUUAGUAGAGACGGGUUUCAUCGUGUUAGCCAGGAUGGUCUCGAUCUGACCUCGUGAUCCGCCCACCUCGGCCUCCCAAAGUGCUGGGAUUACAGGCAUGAGCCACCGUGCCCAGCUAUUUUCAGUUCUUAUGCUGUGACCACUUUGCCUUGUAGCUUUUUCUAUCUUUGCAAAAUCCUCACUCUGUUCAUUGUUUGUCUCAGGGAAAAUCUUCCCCCACCGAGCUUGUAAAAAACUUUAAUAAUUGGGUGGAGAAUAAUUUAGAAUGGAUAUUUAUUGGAGGUGGUAAUUAGGGAAGGUGUCCUUUUAAAAAGUAGAAUUGUGUUACAAAGGAGUGAAAGAGGGAAUAGUUUCUCCUUGUUGAAGGGCAGUGAAGGUAGGUUUCAGGUUUGGUUUUACAAACCUGAUAACUACCUCCUGUCCAGCUUGACAGAGACUAAUUUUUCAUCUUUUUGCUGUCAAUUUGUUUCCAGAAAAGAGACUUUUCCCUCUCUUGAUAGGAUCUGCCUUAGGGACACAGGGACCAUCAUCUUUAAGUGAAUUAAUUAUUGACGUUUUAGAAUGGUUUCCAUCAGCUGGGAUCAGCUAUAUGGCAAAUAGGUAUCAUCAAUGAGUUAACCAUCUAAAAAUAAAAGAGUGGAAGCCCUAAAAUGCUAGAAUAAUAAUAAAAAGGCCAAAAAUAAAAUUGUUUCUCUCUCAUCCACUUUGCCACUCCUAUGGCUUAGGGAUUAAUGGAAACAAAUCCAUUAACAUUCUAACUCAGCAUACUUUUAACUUAUUGUUUGGUGGGGCAGGACUUAUUGAGGUAAAUUUAAAAGAAGAACAAAAACUUUAAAAAGGAAGUAGUUCAGCAUCUAUCACCGGCCAGGUUGUUUUUCAGCCAUCAAAUGAUAAUGACUAAAAUUUCUGAGGCUUCAGGAGUAACCGAGAUAACAAGUCUUGGAAGUAACUCCAUUUGCUACAGGACAGGCCCUUGCCUAAAAGAGAAGGUAUCUAGAAAUGCCUUUAAAAUAAAUUCAGAGUACCAGAAAGGGUAUGGGGAUCCUAGUUCUGAUACAAGAUCAUUCCCAAGACCUAAUUUAUUUCUGGCAGAUGCCUGCUAUUUUCUGUUUUUCCAGUAUUUUUGCUUAAGGCCAGCUUGUGAGUGGCUAACCUAUUUAAUUCCUCAUUUCUGCCUUAUAGUACCCAAAGUAGAAUACAUGUUUGAUCUCAGUGAUAGUGUUGUUUGCCCAUUCCACCAUUCUAGAGCUUAUAAUAGUGAUAGAAUUGUAGCAAUAAAAGGGCAUCGUCUUAAUUUUACUGUCUAUAUACUAAGCUGAAAA